CACUUUAGGCGGCAUAUCUGAAGUGAUGUUGUGAUUCUAGUUUUCAAGUGUCAAAAGUAACAAGUUUUUAUUAAAUGAGGUGUGAUAGUAAGUUGUUCGUCUGCAUGACUUCUUCUUUGAGGGAAACACGUGUUAUUUCCGUAAUUAUAUGCAGAUAGGAAGUCAAGGGAAAAAAGUGAACCAGUAGAGAAGAAGCAAAAGAAAUUUUAAGAUUUUUGUGUAUGAAGUUAGACUUGUAAAGAAUGGCUCAAGUUAAGAUCUCCAAUUUAGUGCAACAGAAUGGGCCCAGACCUUUGCCUAGAAAAAGCAAAAUGUUACGAAAUACACAGGAUACAGAUGGAAGCAAUGGACAUAGACUGAGAGUGGGAAAUGCUCAAGGUGCAAGAUUUAACUCACAUUUAUUACAGAGAUCUUCAGACAAUAGAGGUUUACCAGAAGGAAUUGCCCUUGUCAAAUCCUUUGAUGAAACUCCCAUCACUGUGAUAAAUAAAUCUUUUAGUCAGCUUCUUGAAGAGAAACUAUCUGACGCAUUACCGGCAAAUACUGCUUCUUCACAACUUAGCAAACCGAAGAAGUCUUUCCUGAAGAAGGGCGAAGGGUUGGCAAAAUUUCGGCCAAAGCAAUCAUCUUGCCCCAGUUCUGUGCCAAAGUGCUCAGUAGUUGAUUGUCAUGUACAAAAUAAGAACAAAAAUGAUGUGAUAAAAAAUGUUACAGGAGAUCAUGAACAACGAAUUGUAAAAACCUUCUUACGUAAGGGUUCUGGUUUGAAAAGAUUUCAUUUGAAACCUAUUACAGGCAGCAGAAAGAAUUUGUAUCGAAGUAGAAAAAAUCGUAACCUUGAAGCAAAUAAUUGUAGUGAACGCACAAAUUGGAAUCCAAAUUCUAACAAUAUUUCUGCUAAAACAUUGGGACAGGUCACAACAGAUAAGGAUACACAGCAGGCGGAUCAUCAGUUAGACACCCAUCAAGCUGUUAAUGGAUAUUCGUCUGAAGGAACUGAGAGGGAGUAUGAUGGAACAUCUUUCACUCUGAUGCAGGAGGAUAAAAUCCAGGAUGAAUUUGAAGAACUACGUACAUUUGAGCUGUUAGAGCAGCAAGCAGCAAACUCAAGCUUUUCUUCCAAUUGUUCCUUUGUUGGCCGUAUUCUGCAGAUUUCUACUCAAUCAAGUUUCAAUGUGAAUUGUUAUGGUACAGAGGAACUGGAGUCACAUGCAAAUUUUAUCCCAGUGAAUCCAGUUCAAAACACAUCUUCUGCAGUGAACACAGGUAUUAUUAAACAAUAUCCUGAAUUACAAGACCCACUGCAUUGCACUAAACAACAAAUAAGUGAUGUUGCCAGAAAGAUCACUCUCCUUCAGGAAGAUAUGUUCAAAUUCAGUGAUGACCAUAAGGAUAUUGCAGAUGAUAAAACAGUUGAGCAGAAUAGUUGUUCUGAGGUUGCCAAUUUCAUUCAAAGAAUUUCUCACCCCCAGAAAUGUGUGGAGUUAAAAGAUUGUAAUGAGAUUGAAACUGAUGAAGAAUCUAUUAGGGAAGAGAAUUCUUUAACAUCAAAUAUCCUUCAUAGAGAUUUGCAAGAACAGAUUAGAAAAGUCCUAAUAGAUGAUUUCAAGGAAAGGAAACACUAUAACUCAGAUACAGAAUGUAGUAUCCUUAGUGAAACAAUGUGUGUAAGCAUUGCAGAAGAUCCACACACACAUUCAGAGAGAGAGCAGACUAUGUUUUGUGCUCAGAAAAACUCGCAUAGUAAUUUUGAAAGUGACAAGUGGGAAAGCAACAAAUAUAGUCCUGUAAAACAGGAGGCUUAUGAAGCAGUUGCUAGUUCAAACAAGCGAGUGACACCUUUACCUGAUUGUACACCUUCAUCAGCGCAGUUUGGGAAAGACUAUCAACAUACCAGUGAUAGAUACACACAUCAGCCAGGUGAUUCAGAAGAUCUUAAUCUCUUGAAGAGCGAUCUCCUUCACAAAAGGCUCACUGAGCUUGAUGCAGAAAUAAGUAUUUAUAAUGAAGAAAAACUUAAAUUGUGUGCACUCAGAAAAGAAUAUGAAAUAAUUAUUCAGGAGCUGCUCAGUGAAAAAGAAACACUGAAAAGCCUCAUAGAUAAAGAAAGAGCUGCAAUAAACAUAGAAAGAGAAGAAAUUGCAGAGGAAAAAUGUCGUCUUGAGCAGUACGAGAGUGAAUUAAUGAAAGAGAAGCAUGUUCUGGAAGGCUUAAAACAGCUAGCAGAAUUACACCAAACUAUGGAAGAGAGGGAGCAUCAAAUACAGUCAGAGCAUCUGAGGAGUCAGUACAUUAUUAAAUGUCUGCAGAGAGAAAAUAGUGAACUAAAAGAAGAAAUUUGUAAAUUGAAGAAUAAUGGAAAUUUAUGUAAGAAAUCGAGGUUAUCUGUCAAUCGGCCCAAAAGUGGAGAUAAAAUGAAAUUCGUCUGUGCCAUACCAAAUCAAGUGAAUGACUUGAAGAAGCAAGAUUUGGAGACUCCAUUACAGAUUUGUGACAUUGUGCCAAAACGGUGUAUUCCUUUAGCUGCUCAUGAGAAUCCAACUGAAGCCAGUCUUAGAAAAACAUUAAAAGGGAAAAGAGAAGAGUCAUCGGUUGACAUAUAUAAUGGAGAUAAGAAAUUAUUUCCUGAGUCAGCGAAAUAUGGAAGUAAUAAAACUAAAGUUAUUACUGCUGUGCCAUAUCAGACGAGAGAUCUUGAAAAUGAGGAUGGUUGUAAUUCUUUAGUAAUUCAUGAAGUUGUGCCAAGGAAACCACUCCCUUCAGCUGUUGAAGAGGAAACUGAAUUCAAGAACACGCAGACAUUUUGUGAAAGUAUGCCACUACUGACUUCGGAAAAAGGCAAUGUAGAUGUUCACAUCAGUCUAAUAAAUGCUGAAAACUGUAGUGCCAAAUUGGUUGAUUCUGUACCCAGUAAAAUGAAGGAUUGUGAGAGUGGAGAGCUGCAGCAGCCUUUGGAUGUCUGUAGCAUUGCACCACAGCAUUUUGUCCCUUCAAAGACAGUAAAGGAUGCACCCAAGGCUGAAAUACCAAGUGCACAAAAUGUGAUACUAACAGUUCCAGCUAAUGGAAACAUAAUUAAUUCUUCACUAAACAAAACACAUACAGAAAAAAAUAAUCAUGUUCAGAGUAAUAACAUUCAGGAGAGUGAUGAUGUUAAAAAGAAAACUCCUGAAAAUGGGAACAUUACCGAUUUUGAUGAUGCUGGUAUUAAUUCACUUCCACAACAUGAUUUUGUUCAUUAUGCAGCACAAGAUAGCAAUGUCAGUACUGGGGAAAUCAAUGAGUAUAUAAACAUUUUAGAUGACAACACUUUGAUUACCAGAAAAAUUAUUCCCAGCAAGUUGCACAGUGCAGAUCAGAAUGUUGAUUCAGAUAUGAUUUCUAAUGACCGUGUAACUCACAUUAAAACACAUCCAGAUGGAAGGAAAGAAAUUUGGUACAACAAUGGAUGUGUGUGCAAAAUAUCAAGUGAUGGAAUGAGUGAAAAAAUAAUAUACUAUAAUGGUGAUGUGCUUGAGAGAUGCCUGAAAAGUCAAACUGAAAAAUACUAUUUUUGUAAGAGUAAAAUAUGGUGCACAACAUAUGAAGACAAAACACAACUGGUGGAAUUUUCAAAUGGACAGACAGAACUAAAAAAGCCAGAUGGUACAAUAAAAACAAAUUACAUAAAUGGUGCAGCACAAACGGUAUUUCCAGAUGGUCAUGUAGAGUGGGUCCUGAAUGAUGGAAGACAGUGUAUAAUUGAUCAGAAUGGCGAAAAAACCUGGUACUUCCCUAACGGACAAAAGGAAAUCCACACCAAAGACCACAAGAGACGGGAGUACCCAGAUGGAACAAUCAAAUAUGUUUUCCCUGAUGGUAGUAUGAAAACAAAAUAUGCAAAUGGCCGCAUUCGGGUAAAAGAUAAACAUGGAAAACUUAUAAUGGAUUCAGACUUGCAGUAAGAUAAAGUUAAUGACACUGGUAUUUAUUUAUGUUACAAUAACUACUGGAAAGUUGCUUUGUAACUUGUGUAAAAAAAAUCUGUAUAUAAUUAUGAUCAAGGCAUAUGACAAAAAGAGGAAAAGCAGUAAAAAAUGUUAAAUGCAACA